UGUGCCGAGCAGCAGCUCGGUGCCCGGGCACGCACAGAGCUCUUUGCUCUGGGGAGGAAAAGGAUCAGCGCCUUCACCUGUGCUGGGAAAGCACCACCGGGCAGCCAAGAGCCGAGGGGAGAAGUUUUCAGGGCGGCACCGAGGAGCGAGCAAGGCCAGCGGCUGCUGCCAGCCGAGCUCGGGAGGCCCCGGUGGGUGGCAGGAGCAGGGAGGGACCAGCUGCCACCUCCACGUCACCUUGUGUCCCUGCUGGCACCGCACGGACCCGGCAGGAGCCGGGCACUGCCUUGGAGCGGCCAAAGGCACACGAGUGACUGCCGGGGCGGGCAGCAGCAGCAGCUCCAUGUCGUGGGGCACAGGGCAGCACCUGCCCCCCGGGCUCCCCCGGGCCUCGCUGCGGAAAUCAGCAUCAAUGUACACGGAAAUACAGCGAGAGCGACCAGAUGGUGGGAAUAUCCUGACUCACCCAGACUACAUAGAUGGAAACCCAGACCUCAUCAAACCUAAAAAGCUCCUAAAUCCUGUAAAAGCCUCGAAGAGCCAUCAAGAGCUGCACAGGGAGCUGCUGAUGAACCACAAAAGAGGUUUGGGCGUGGACAGCAAGCCAGAGCUGCAGCGAGUGCUCGAGCACCGCCGGCGAGACCUGCUCAUCAAACAGAAGAAGGAAGAGGAAGAGGCAAAGAAAUUGCAAUCUCCUUUUGAAAAAGAGCUAUUAAAGAGGCACCAGAGGCUGGAUCAGCUGGAGAAGGAGCAGGAGAAGCAGGAAGACCAUGCGCCAGAAUUCAUUAAAGUCAAGGAAAACCUGAGAAGAACAUCAACAGUGACAGGGGACGAGAAAGCAGCAUAGCUUCUGCCAAAACCCAAUGGGAUCCUGC